CUACUUUCGACGGGGGAGGAAGAAGCGGAGCGAAUCCAAUUGAAAAAUGAUUUAAUCAAACUUGCAUUUGAAGGAGAGUUUGCAUUACCCAUUGAUUUCCACAAGAUCGAGCACGGGCGUGUCCUGGAUGUAGGAUGUGGACCGGGCCAUUGGUGCUUUGACUUGGCCCAAGACUAUCCUCGUUUGCAUGUGAUAGGUGUAGACAAUGUCAACAUGUUUCCCGACCCGAGUUCAGUUCCGGCCAACUGUGAGCUGAUCAAGUACAAUGUCCUGGACGGCCUGACCCACACGCUGUUCCCAGAAGCAUCCUUUGACUGCAUCCACAUCCGGUUCAUGUGUCUUGCGUUUACAAGGGAACAGUACAGCCAAGUGAUCGACGACUGCUGGCGGUUGUUGAAGCCUGGAGGCUAUUUGGAGAUCUUGGAGAUGGACAUGAUGGUUUACUCGCCUGGCCCAGCGACUGAGAGAUUAAAUCUGCAAGGUAAA